AUGGCUUUCCUUAUCCUCGUCAUCGGGGAUCUGCACAUCCCCGACCGCGCCCUCGACAUACCACAAAAGUUCAAGAAGCUGCUGUCGCCAGGCAAGAUCGGACAGACCCUGUGUCUGGGCAACCUGACAGACAAGCACACGUACGAGUAUCUGCGGUCGAUCGCGCCGGGUCUGAAGAUCGUAAAGGGGCGGUUCGACGUCGAGGCGACGUCGCUGCCGCUGUCGCAGGUCGUCACCCACGGCUCGCUGCGCAUCGGUUUCGUCGAAGGCUUCACACUGGUCUCCACCGAGCCCGACCUGCUCCUAGCCGAGGCCCACAAGCUUGAUGUCGACGUCCUCUGCUGGGGCGGCACCCACCGCUUCGACGCCUUUGAGUACAUGGACAAGUUCUUCGUCAACCCGGGGAGCGCCACUGGUGCCUACACCACCGGUUGGACUAAGGAGGGCGAGGAGAUGGUGCCGAGUUUCUGUUUGAUGGAUGUUCAGGGUAUAUCGCUCACACUAUACGUCUACCAGCUGAGGAAAGAUGCGAACGGCGCAGAGAACGUGGCGGUAGAGAAGGUGACUUAUACGAAACCGGUAGAACCAACAGGGUCAUCAUCAUGA